AGUUACCACCGGAUAUAGUUUUCUGGCUAGUCCGGUAUUUGCAUUUGUGUUGUGCCUUUGCGGAAUGCGGAUCACAAUCGGAUCGGAUUGAUGAGGAGGCAUAACCAUGGCAUAACUGUUGACUGUUUGGCUUGUGUCUUGUCUUAAUUUUAUAGCAACAAAUAAAUCUACAUUCAUAUUAAUAUUGCUCUUUCAUCUUGGAUAAUUAUAAUUACAAAUUAUUGGAUUGAUUACAAAUAUGGAUGUAACAAUGAAGAAUAGUUCUGCUGUUAUUGAACAACUUCUCCAGUCAACACAUGAAGAAGCAUUAGCCCGAAAUGAGGCCCAGGAAGAGAAAUGGAGAUCUUAUUCGGCGGAGAACGAAGACUUGUGCUCGCGACUGCUGUCGCUUCGAGACAAGUUGAAGCACGACGUGAUGGUGCCUGUGGGUCGGAAGGCACUCUUCAGAGGCCAACUGGUGCACACCAACGAGAUUAUGGUCUGUUUGGGCGACGGAUGGUUCGUCAAGAAAUCGGCGGCCGAAGCUGUUGAUGUGUGCCGGCGGAAAAUAAAAGAGUGUGAUGAGAUGCUAGAACGUUUGAGAAAAGAGCGAGAACUACUAGAAUCAAGGAAAACGUUUCCGAUUCAAAACGACGUUUUUGGUGGCCGAGAUGAAAUCAUUGAACCUUUCAAUGAAGAGGAGGAGAGCAAAUGGAGAGAGAAACACAAAGAAAGUCUGAAGAGGUACAGAAGAGAUUUGAAAGCAGAAAGAGAGCGAAGGAAGGAAGAGGAGGCGAGAAGCAGAGACUCCAACAAAGAUCUUUUCGAGAUUCUUGAUGGUCUUGAAUGUCAGGAGGAGAAUGAUGAUGAACUUAAUAGGCUUGUUGAAGAUGAAGACCAGGCAAGGUUUAUUGAGAAGCAUGUUAAACAGGAGCUGAAUCGCAGAAAAGCAAAUCAAUCGGAUGAUAAUAGGGAAGAUAAUGCAAGAUCUCACACUAUAUCAUUAGGAAAUAGGGAGAAAAACGUUGAAAUAUCCCACUCUGAAUCGUUAAGAAAUGGGGUGAAAAACAAUGAAAUAUCCCACACUGAAUCUCAAAGCUCUUCUAAAGGUUCAGAACAAACUAUAGACAACAAUGUCCUUCGGAGUAUUGAGAACUUGAAUAUCAACGAUCGUUGUUUGCUUGUUGAAGAUGAAGACCAGGCAAGGUUUAUUGAGAAGCAUGUUAAACAGGAGCUGAAUCGCAGAAAAGCAAAUCAAUCGGAUGAUAAUAGGGAAGAUAAUGCAAGAUCUCACACUAUAUCAUUAGGAAAUAGGGAGAAAAACGUUGAAAUAUCCCACUCUGAAUCGUUAAGAAAUGGGGUGAAAAACAAUGAAAUAUCCCACACUGAAUCUCAAAGCUCUUCUAAAGGUUCAGAACAAACUAUAGACAACAAUGUCCUUCGGAGUAUUGAGAACUUGAAUAUCAACGAUCGUUGUUUAUCAAACUCUGAGAGACUGAGUGAUGUCAGUGAGGAUAUCUAUGAUGAUGAGGAGGAGGAGGAUGAUGAUGAUGAUGAUGAUGAUGAUGAUGAUGAUGAAGAUGAAGAUGAUGAUGAUGAGGAGGAGGAGGAUGAUGAUGAUGAAGAUGAUGAUGGAAUAGAGUUUCGUGACGACGCCAAUCCCAACUCAAGUUAUCGGGAAAAGAUGCAAACUUUGUUGAAGUUAUACAAUGAUCAAAUUGGUGGGGAUCAUAAUGUCAUAGAUGAUAAUUCUCAGUCGAGGAAGAAGAAAAAAUCUGUUCAAUUUCACAGUGACAGUGAUAAACUGAAUGUGGUUCAUCUUUUUCACAACGACAACAGAACUGACAAUGAUGAUGAAGAUGAUGGGUGUUUGCCAGCCGUCAUACAUUUCAAGCAUUCCAAUGUGGAAGGUGACAGCUGUGAAGUUGCCGCAGAUAGUGAUCAACAAAUUAGAAGUCCCAGUGAUGUGUAUAGGUGUUUUGCGAACUGUGGCAAAGUUGUGAAAUCCAUUUUGAAAGCGCCGGAAAGGGGUGUGACGUUGGAUCCGAGUCUGGAGUGUCGUAGGGAGGUUGCAGCUGAACCAGUGUCUACUUCUACCAUUCAGGCUGUGAGUGAGGUGGUGGAACAUGAGACUGUUGCUUCUAGUAGGGAGGAACCUUCUAGACCAGUUAGCCGAUUCAAGGCGGCUAGGCUUGCCGCUAGAAAGUGAUCUACACUGCAGCGAGUGAAGUCACAUCAGUCAACAAAAUGUUGGUCAUCGCAUCAACAACAACUACAACAUCAACAACAUGGCAUCAACAACAACUACAACAUCAACAACAUGGCAUCAAUAACAACUACAUCAACAACAUGGCAUCAAUAACAACUACAUCAACACAUGGAGCUCAUCAGUGGUUCAAUUGAGCACUAGGAAAGUGUCCAUGUAACGUACCAACCUAACGUAUCACUCUAAAACUAACACUAUGAAUAGAAAUGUUGUGGAAUUCCUCCAUAUGAAGGUGAAACAAAAACGAUAUUGUCAGUUGCGCAUAAUUUAUUUGAGCAAAACUUAGGUUUCAAUUCAUUUAAGACAUCAUCUUCAGUGCCUGGUAUUUUUUGGCAUCAUCGGUCUUUUUUAGACAGUCUAACCUAACCAAAGAAGACAACUGAAGAUGAUGCCGUAGUGCAUUUAAUUUUUAGUUUGGCUCAAAUAAAUUAUGUGAAACUGACAAUAUCGUUUUUAUUUCACCUUAGUAUCACUUUAUAUCAAAUUUGGAUAUAAAAGUACGAAAUAUAUGGUUGCACCAAACAAGACCAAACUCAUUCAAAUUUAAAUUCAAUUUAUUGUGUUCAUGAACGUUUCAACUGGCCAAGUCAACUAGUAUUCAAACAUCAAAUAAUAGAGAAGCUUGCAAAAUACAUCAUAAUCUGUACUUUUUUCUUUCAUUUAGUCAUUCCAUUUAAUGACAACAAUUCGUAGUGGAAGAAAAACAGGCAUAGCACUGUAUACUAUUUCUAACACACAUUUUAAAAAUAUUUGUUACUGAAAAUUUAGAAUCUCUUGAGAUGAAAUAAAACUGGGAUAGGCUAUCACACUAUUUGAAUAAUUCAUAACAAAAUUUGGAAAAUAUUGGGUUGUUUUCAACCUAUUUCAAAAAUUGUGUUGAUCUUGGCUGGUGCAACUAAGCUAUAGAAUGUCUCAUGAACGCUUUUCCAUACUGGCCACUGUACCUGUGCUGAAAAUAUUAUUUAUCAACUACAUCUAAUUUCAGUAAUUGGAUGAGAUUUUUUAUAUUUCAUUCCAACUUUUGAGAUGCAAAUGAUUUGAUUUAUAAGCCCUUCGAUAGAUAAAUAAAUCUCUUUUAAUUUGCAAUUUAUAACAUUAAAACUUUGAUAAGUGAUUGUAAGUGAUCUAGCUUCUGUGAAAUGAACCAAGUUUGAAACCGGUAGUAUACUAACAAUAUGUUAUUGAUGAUUUUGGAGGAAAGUCUGUUGUUUUAAUGCAAUAUUAAAUCUUAUCUAUUUGUAAUUGAAAGGAAGUUUGCAUUUGAAAUGAUAGUUUUGUAAAGCAUUGUUCCAUAUUGAAAUUUCAAAUUGAAUUCAGUGACUCUUGAAACUUUUUUCCAUACUAUCAGCAGCAAUGAUUUUUUUGGUUUUGAAAUCAGUCAAUUUUUGUUUAAUCUUAUUGCAAAACAGGAGAUAAUUAAUAUUAGUUGCAUAGAAAGUACAUGAGACAUUCUGUAUUUCAUUGAGAUAAGUUUUUUCUUGUUUUUCAUAAAACUAUUCAAGCUAUUCAAAUGCUUUGAUGGAACAAUAUUUCCCUCUGUAUUUUGAACUUGUUAAUCGAUGUUAGUUUGAAUCGACACUCCUUGACUGUUACUCAUUACUUAUUUAUUUUAAAAUAAAUUAAAAAUUGAAAGAGGAAGCAGAAUUUUCAACUAGGCUCUAUUUCAGUAGCUUGGGAUCAAAGACGGCCAACUGUGCUCUUGGGCCAAAUUGAGUUUUCAACUGAUGCUUAUAGGCCCGGUUGCACAAAAACUGGUUUAAUUUUAAUCGUGAUUAAUUUCACGAGAGCCAAUCAGAGAAGGCGUUUUUGAAAAGACAGCUUUUCUGAUUGGUUCUCCUGUUUUAAUCAUGAUUAAAAUUUAACCGGCUUUUGUGCAACCAGCACUUGAAGUACUUCCGGCGCUCUUUUCAAUGGUGACACUAGUUUGUUUCAAAAACGGACAGGAAUAGUUUAAUUUCAAUAAACAAGAUUGAAGUAAGUUUAACAAUCGGAGACUACUUUGGUUUCAAAAACGGCUAACUACAAAAUCAGCCAAUGGUAAUGCCAGGAUUGGGUAAUGUGACUUGCAAAACUCUCAUGGCGCCACGUCUUUGAGUAGAACUCGUGUUUAUUGUCAAUAAAUUGCCAUUUUGGUUUUUAACUAAGUAAGUUGACAUGGAAAAGUAAAUACUCACAGUUGCUCCUGUAGUGUUUUUAUUUUGGCCGAUGCACCCAUCACUAAACAUACUUAUCAGUUUUAUUCCAUUCAAAUCUUGGUUUUUCAAAAAGUUCAAGAGUGCUGAUGCUAUUUCAGUGGACCCACGUCCUGCCUGAUCCUCUGUCCAAACAUAAAAAUAAGGUUUUUGCACAUUCAAGUCCAUUAUGCAGACAUUGUAGAAUCUCAAUUGUCUUGAGUAAAAGGCUUGCUGAAUAGGUGUGCGUGGUAAGGGUUGUACUUGUUGCAUAUCAAAACAUAUUUUUAAUUCAUUUUCUUCAGCAGGUUUUCGAAGGAGACUAUAAAAAGCUUUAGCUCUCAAUUUAUGAAUACGUUUUUGAGUGAUGAGCUGUUGUUUCUCAGGAGCAUUUUCUGCUAGUUUCAACUUGUUUCCUAGCAUAGUACAAUAGCCACAUACAUCACUGGCUGGAGAUCUAAAUCCAAUGUUAAACUCACAGCAGAAUAUUUUUCUGAACAUAGAAACAGUAGCAUGAAGGUUAGGAUCUGGUGUUGUCUCAUUGUAAAUUUUCCACAGCUUUCUUACUGAUAGAUCACUGUUCAAAUAGAUCCUUUUGGAUUUAUUACGAUUAUAAUGACUUUCCUUUCCCCUUAAACUCCCAAUGAACUUACGGAUGGAUUCUUUUUUUAAUUUUGAUUUAUGACUAAUUCGAUCUCCCCCUCUGCACUCCUUGAAUGGCUUGUCACACUUGAGUUUUUUAGAAAUUUGUCUCACUCUGUCACUAGAAAAUCUUGUUAAGUGUAAAAAAAAGUUCUUACAAACUUGAACUUUGUCCCCUUUAGAUGUUGGAAACUUAUAACUUGCUUGAAACGAGUGGGGCUUAUCUUUUGGUGCUAGUCCCAAACCUAAGCCUCUAGCAGACUGGCGUGGGCGAUGUCUUUUCACUUUUGAUUGAUGUAUAUGUCUACUAACAUAUUCAUCCUGGUGUUGUUUCGAUUCUAGGCUGUACAGUCUAUUCCUAAAAUCAAUUGGGCUGCGUCUUUGGGUCUUAUUUUAAAACAUUUCAAUGUCUUGUUGUUGUGGUUGCAUGGAACAAAUAAACCACUGCCGACGGGAAGUCCAUACUUGGCUUUCUUCUGAGAUUCACGCUUUGAAACAGCAGAUUUCAAUUUUUUCGCAAACCCUGAUUUGCUUCACCAACCAGAACUAAAUUGUCUUCACAAUCCAUUUUAUAAAACAAUAAUAUGAUUACAAACUCACCACUCACUUUUGAAAGUUUAACAGAGAACUACUAUCAGUAACAUAACCUCAAAUAACAAAAUGUGAACUCCAACUUCCCAGUCACGUGACUAAAUGAACGUCUGUGAUUGGUUGGCUGGACAUAUGGGAGUUUGCAGUAAUCAAGGCAUUAGACAUGUGAGCUUCUGCUCUCAAUUCAUUGUUUUUCUAUCUAUAUUUUAAUGGGACAUGAGUGGUUUUGAAACUUUUCUCAUCAAAAUCAUAUGCAAUUCAAUAAGACAAACAUGAUACAAGUGCAAGCAAGUUUUUUUUCAAAAGUGGACAUGUGAGGUUUUGAAUAUCACCUCCUCAUUUCAUGUUAUAGGGAAUCUUUACAGCUGACAACUUGAAUUUGAUAAUUUUGUGGGUUGGGCCACUAUUGCGCUGAAUGCCUCAAUUCAAAGUAAUUUUGUGAUUACCAGUAGUUAGCAUCAUUCAUUAUCUUUGCUAUCUCAAUAAUAUUUCAAGUAUGGAAAUUUGCUUUAAUUAUUAAAUCUUCACUUGAACUAAUUAUGUUAUGUGCCCUUUUUCCGGAAAUCAGAAUUUUGUAUGGAAAAAAGUUGAAAAUAACUUGUAAAAUAGCUUUUUUAUUGUCAAUUCAUUUUUA